AUGGUGAGCAUUGAGAGAGAGAAAGAAGUGCUGAUUGGUCCUCUCAAUAACGAUCACGAUUUUCUAAGAGACAAUGAAUUUAUUCAUACAGGGUAUCGUUUGAACUUUAGUUCAACAAAGCGAAUUUUGAAAAGUCUUUUCAUGAUCCAUAACGAAUCGGUCAAUGUAUGGUCACAUCUAUUUGGUGCAAUUCUCUUUUUGAUGCUAUAAUUUAAUGCUAUAUAUACCUUAUUUUGGCUUUACAAGUUAUUUAUGACCUAUUUAAUUUAAUAAAUUAUAGUUGUAUACACCCUGUACUGAAUUGGCUUUUCUGACGAAAGUCAUCAUGAGGCUGGCCAAAUGCUGUUUGAUUUGAAAACCAGUGCCCUCCACGCCUACAAGUCAAGUGUAGACGCCUUCGAUACAUUCAGUGAAAGAGCCCAUGAAUUUGCUCAUGAUUAUGAGACCUCAAUUCAGCAAAAACUUUUAGCUCUUUACGUCGACGCUCAUCACUAUUCCGAAUCAAUAGAAGUAAGGGUCCACGAUUUCUAUGAAGAGUUUAAGCAUUCUAACGAAACAGAAAGGUUUAAGCCUGUCAUGGAAAAAAUUGAACAAAUGAUGCAAACAGUGGAUAGCAAAAAAUAUGAUUGGAUGGAUAUUUAUAAUCCUUUUAAUGGACCAAGACUGCAAGUGGUCCAUAGAUGGCCUGUGCUUGUAUUUUUAGUCAGCGCUUCUGUAUGCUUAGGAUGUUCUACACUUUAUCAUCUGUUUAAGGCUCAUUCUUUAACACUCAAUUUGUUUUAUUCAAGGCUUGACUAUGCUGGAAUUUCGUUUUUGAUAGCGGGAUCUUGUUUUCCAGCUUUUUAUUAUACGUUUUACUGCAGAGAAGGUAAAAAUUAUGCAGCUUUUAUAUGGAUUUAUUUGGUUGGAAUUUCUGUAGCCGCAAUUAUUACAUUUGUAUUGUCGUUGACGCCACAGUUCCAAAAGGCUGAUCUUAUAUGGUUGAGGGCUUUGGCAUUUAUUGUUUUGUCUUCACUUGGAGCGAUCCCUGCUGUGCACUUUUUAUUGCUGUAAUAUACAUGUAGUCCUGAGGCAGAAAAAUUUUAUUCUUGCUUUGUGUACUUUGUGGUGGUUGUUUUUCUUUAUCUUUGUGGGGUUUGUGUUUACAUAAUAAGAUUCCCAGAACGGUAUUUCCCUGGGAAAUUUGAUUUUUGGGGGAACUCACAUAAUUUAUGGCACUUUUUUGUUUUGAGUGCAGCAUUUUUUCACUAUUUAGGAGCUUUGGAUUCUUAUCACAGAAGAGAGAGGUUGCUUUGUCCUGCAUAA